UGAUUGAUUGGUGUUCUCUAAAAUUUUAAACAUACUCAGCUUUCACUUGCGCGAGAGCAAAGAUCACUAAUUUUAAAAUGAAGUUUUAUUUGAUUUUAGCUCUUUCCACAUUCAUAGUUGUGAAUGGUCAGGUGUUGGAACCUUUUCGUUUAUCAAACUACUACACAAAUGGAAUGGUCCUUCAAAGGGAACCAAAAAGUGCCGUGAUUUGGGGAUAUGGAGAGCCAGGGGCUGAAGCUGUAGUUUCGUACGAAAGCAAUCGACUCUCAACAAUUAUUGACGGCAAUGGGAAAUGGAACAUAACUUUGCUACCCCAUGCAGCGAGUGGGUCCAUUGACUUUGCAGUACAGCAGAUUGGUACUUUCGGAUUGGUUACAAUUCCAUUCAAAGCAAUGUUCGGUGACGUUUGGGUAUGCAGUGGUCAGAGCAACAUGGCCAUGCCUCUCAGAUUCAUUUUUAACGGAUCGGAGGAAGCGAAUAGAACUAUUUCCGAUUAUCAGCACUUUCAGCUGAGAAAAGUGACAGACAAUUACACUCUUGACGAAGGGGAAUUUGAAGAGACCUCUUUCAAUUAUGACUGGACUUCUCCUAAUUCAGACGUGACUCCAAAUUUCUCUGCUCUCUGCGUUCUCUUUGUUCAACGCCUCUCAGAUGCGUUGAAUGCGUCCAUUCCAUUUGGUCUGAUUGACACUACCUGGCCAGGGACAAGGAUUGAGGCCUGGUCAUCACCUAGGGUCAUCGAAACUUGCAAUGCGCCGAGUGAUAAUGCGACGAACCAAAAUGCUAAUUCAGCAUUGUGGAAGGCAAUGGUCGCCCCUUUAACAAAAACUUCAGUUAGGGGUGUUUUAUGGUACCAAGGGGAAAACAAUAUAGAUUACAAUGAAGACUACUACGCGUGCCAUAUCCUUGAACUGAUUAAUGACUGGAAGAGAUCUUUCUUCCAAGGUGACGUAGCGGCUGAAAAUGGUGUUGCUUUUCCUUUUGGAGUUGUUCAAAAUGGCCCGCUUUUCAUAAAUCACAACUACAAAUGGGGAGACAGCCGUUGGCACCAAACUCUUGACGUCGGAAUUUUGCCCAACGCCUUGGCUCCAGAAGCUUUCACGGGAGCGGUUUAUGAUCUGACCGAUCACUUCUCACCUACCGGAAGCAUUCAUCCUCGAGACAAGCAAACUGUUGCAGACCGAUUGGCAAACGCAGCGAAGAAACUUUUGUACAACCAAAACUUUAGUUUAUACGGACCAGUUCCAACAAACUUGGUUGGAGACGCUUCUGGCACGUGGACUAUUGAGUAUGACAGGAAUAUUAAAUUAGUUGGCACGUUGGGAUUCGCAUUUCAACUUCCCGACGGGAGUUACGAGCUCACUGACGUGAUCUCUACUACAUCUAAUUCGGUUACCGUCACCGUGAGUACAAAUGCGACACAGCUGGUUUAUGCCUACAGCUCGUACGUCUGCGAGUACAAAGAUUGCGCUGUUUACAGCGACGACGCUGAAAAUUUGCCAGCGCAAGUGUGGAAGUGGCAACUUUCUUAAUUCAGUACGAAAUAAAUAAUUCCGUUUCAAUUC